CCUUCAAAUGUGGCAUUUGAAAAUAUAGGUUAAUUGUAUGGCGGUUGGUAUUAAUAAUUCGAUAUAAUAUAUAAUUUUUACGAUACGAUGGCCACCUAAUUGUAGAGGAAAGUAAAUGUAAAUCUAUUGAAUUUAGAAUACCACAAUAACUAAAAAUUGUAUACAAUCAGAAUGUCUGUAAUUGUCGAGACGACGUUAGGAGAUUUCACCAUUGAUUUGUACAUGAAAGAACGCCCAAAAGCUUGUCUCAAUUUUCUAAAAUUAUGCAAGAUAAAAUACUACAAUUACAACUUAUUUCACACUGUAAAUUCUGGAUUUAUAGCUCAAACUGGUGAUCCAACUGGUUCUCGAACAGGCGGUGAAUCAAUAUUUGGUGUUCUUGAAGGACCUUUAAAACGUUAUUUUGAACCCGAAACACAACCCAGAAUUAAGCACACAGAAAUGGGUCUUGUAUCCUUUGUAGGAGAUGACAAGUGUAUGAUUGGCAGCCAAUUUUUUAUUACUCUUGCUCCUGAUUUAAGUUAUUUGGAUAAUAGACAUUGUGUAUUUGGGGAAGUGGUAGAGGGAUUUGAAAUGCUAGAGAAACUAAACGAAGCAAUUUGUGAUAAUGAUCAUCGUCCUUAUCAGGACAUCAGAAUAACACAUACAGUGAUUUUGGAUGAUCCAUUUCCAGAUCCUCAGAAAUUGAGAAUACCUGAAAGAUCACCAUCGCCAAGUGCAGAACGUUUACAGGGAGGUAGAAUAGCUCCAGAUGAGGAUAUAAAUGAAUUCGAUGGUAAAACGUUUGAAGAAAUUGAAGAAAUGAAUGCAGAAAGAGAAGCAAAAGCAAGAGCUACCAUAUUAGAAAUGGUUGGAGAUAUUCCUGAUGCGGAAAUGGCUCCACCUGAAAAUGUAUUGUUUGUGUGUAAACUAAAUCCUGUCACUACUGAUGACGAUUUAGAAAUAAUUUUUAGCCGUUUUGGUAAAAUAAAUUCAUGUGAAGUUAUAAGAGAUAGAAAAACGGGUGAUUCUUUACAGUAUGCUUUUAUAGAGUUUGAUGAAAAAAAGUCUUGUGAGGAUGCUUAUUUUAAAAUGGAUAACGUGUUAAUAGAUGACCGAAGAAUUCAUGUCGAUUUCAGUCAGUCUGUAGCAAAAGUAAAGUGGCUUGGAAAAGGAAGAGGAGUAACACACUAUGACGAUGAAGGUCGCAAAACAACUGAUACAAAAAAUAAUACUGGAAAAGGAAAUUAUAAGAGAACACAAAGUUUCAAUGAAAAUCGGCAUUCAAGGAACACAGAGAAAGCCACUAGUAAAAGUCAAAUACAAAGCAUAUCUUCUGAGAGAAAAUCAAGAAAUUCACCAUCUUGGAGAUAUAGAAGAAGCAGAUCUCAUGAAAAAUAUAGGAAAGAAAAAAGAAAUGGUAAUUAUAGAAGUGAAGAAAGAAGAGUUAAAGAUGAAGUAAUUGACAAGCAUUACAGUAAGGAAAGAGAAAAAAGCUCAUCCAAAAAUUAUAGACAUUAUAACAGAGAUUACCAUUCAGAAAGAAAUAUUUCAGGAGAUAAAAGAAAUUAUGACAUUAAAAAAAGACCAAAAUAUGAACUGAGUGGAGGCAGAUCGAAAGAAUAUAAAUAUGAAAAUAAGUUGUAUAUUAAAGGAAAUUCUGAAGGGAAGUAUUACAAAAAACGUAACGAUUUGGAAGAAAAAAUGGUUUUUAAAAAAUCCUAUAAGCAGAGCAAUUCUUCAGAGAGCAAUGAUGAUCAGGAGUGUGAGGAACAAUUCAAACACAAUAAAAAAGCUAAACGAAAACAUAGGAAGGAUAAUGAUUCUAAUGAUGAUGCUGAAGAAAAUAAAAGUAAACAUACGAAAACAAAAAAGCGAAAGAUAGCGACGUCUAAUGGAAGUGAGAAUGAAAAUAAAAAGAGACGCGUCAAGAAAUCGAAAAAGAACACCAAAAACACUUCAAGCAGUGAAACUAGUAGGAAAAAAAUAAAACGAAAUUUGAAAAAUAAAAGAACAAAACGGACUAAUAGUAGUUCUAGUAGCAGUAGCAGUAGUAGUGAUAGCACUAGCAGUACUAGUAGUAGGAGCAGCAGCAGCAGCAGAAGUAGUUAGGAAAAAGUUCGGUAUAUAAACAUCUAAAGCAAUUUUUAAAAACAAAAUUGUAAAAUGAAUAUUAUCAUAAAAAAGUACAAUGUAUUAUCUGU